AGAUUAGGCCCUUUGCUUUUUGGUCUACUAUUCGUGUGAUCAUUGUGGUAGUUAUCUCGUGCUGGUUCUGUUGUGUAGAAAAGGAGUGCGCUAUUUGGUCCCUCCAUCACUUGAGUUGUUGCUUUGGAAGCCAAGGUCGUGUGAGCAGCUUGCAGCAUGUGGAAAAUCAAUUGAAUCUUUUUUACUAGGAAAACACAAUUACAGAUGGCAGCACAGGUGGCUUUCACUUCAAGUUUUAAGCUGCUUGACAAUGGACAGCUCUCGAAACAACAACUCUUCAUGCCUAAAAGCUCACUUAUGUUGAUGCACAGGGGAUUUUGCUUUGAGAGUUGUAAAAUAUCUCGCUUUCCAUCAUCGAGCAUUUGGAAGGUCAUUACUCCGUACUUAAUAAAGCUGGAGAGAAGAUCAAACAUGCAAAGGUGCAAGAGACGCUUUUGCCUCGCUUCUCUGGUUGAUGCUGAUGCUGUAGUAAUUUCUGAAUGGGUUCCAACCAUUGACCAAAUGCUCCUCAUGACCAGUAUAUUCCUUACAUAUAUAGCUGGAGUAAUACCUUCUGAAAAAAGUUCUCCUUUAGAUCCUGGAGGCAACGCCCAAAGUGGAAAUGUGGACACUGACGGGACAUCCUUUUUGGGUAGUGUGAGGACAAGCAAUGAUCGCAUCGGCAUAGAAUUUGCAUGGGAUGUAGUAAAUGGAAAACUGAUGAAUUCUUUGUCUUCCAUAAAACGAGUAGAUCUUGGUGCUAUGAGCGUUGAAUCUGAACAGAACCUUGGAAAACAACCUUCAAAUUUGGCCGUGCUUGCUCAAGGUCCAAGAUUAAGGCUGCUGUGGACAUCUUUUCAGUUACUCAAGCAAGAGGUUGAUAGUAUUUCUACAAAUGCUGUUACCUUCGGCAAUGAUAACUCUUUGGCCAUAUUUAAUGAUGUCAUUCAGAAGUUGUGCCAGCCUUUAUGUGUUACUUGGCUGGAAGAGGAACUCUUUCUGAGAAAUGGCAAAACUAACACGGAAUGUCUUUCUUCAGCAGUUAAUAACUUAGAUGAAUAUGGAGUUUUAACGAACAUCAGAAAGUCAGGGAAGGAGCAUCUAUUUGCUGAAUUGAUCUGUGUUCUUAGCUUUGGUUCUCUCCGGAAAGCUGGCCUUUAUAAUGAUAGCUUGUUUAUGGAGCACGGAGUCCUUAUUCUGGAGGAUUUGGUGAUAACGUUGGCAGAUGGGAUUGCAAGCAUGUAUUUGGAGCUUAUAUCUGUUGAUAGUAGUGUGUCAAAUGAAAUGAACAACCUUGGGUUGAGUUUAUGUACAUUGUCAACCCGAGCACUUCAGAAAUUACGCAAUGAGGCUGCUUUGAAUCAAUGGUUGCGUCAGAACAUGGAAACAGUUGUUUCCAUGUACGAAGAUCGGUUUGACUUGUACACAUUUCAACUCCAGCUUAUCGAGGAAUCUAGCAAGAGGAAAGUUCAAAAUGUUAAUUGGUGGAAGAAGCUUAGGAUGAUGAGUGCUCAGCCUGUUUUAUCUCAAUUGAGUACUGUUGUGAUCAACCAAAUCUCCAUACCUGUUAAACGGACCAAGGAACUUAGGGCCUUGACUGGGUGGAGAUAUUACUACAGUCUUCUCCUUGAAUUGGCUGAUAUUGCAAUGCCGUUGAUAAGAACUGUUAUUUCUAAGCUGAGCGAUGCCAUCUCAUUUUUUCUGGUUAGCUUGAUAGGGCGGUCUUUGGGGCUUAUCUAUACGGGGAUAAGGCAAUCCCUGCGGUGGAAGUAAGAACUAGCAGUAGUCAAUUCCCUUUUUGUAUCCACUACAAAAUUUCUUCAUUGUUUAUAGAUGUACUGAGAGAAUAUCAGCUUCUAUUCUUUUAGGCCCACUUCAGUAUUCUCUGGUUAGAUUUUUACUUAACAACUUAAGUCUGUUUCCUAGUACUAGUUAAGAUUCAAACUGUUGAAAGAAUGUCCUAAAAGUUGCUGUUCCUUUUUUCGUUGGCAAGUAUUUGUGAUUGUUGAAGAAUUUUACUUGGGUCAUUCGUUUGUCUUAGAAUCUGAUUUUCGGAUUUGAGCCCCU